UCACUUCCGGGCUGAGAGGCGCGGCGGGCGAGCUGGGCGUGCGCCCUUGCUUCUUGCCCUCAACUCGUAUGGCGGAUCCCGGGGCGCGUCGCGGGCAGGCCGGGCUAGGCGGGUGGUUCCGGCGCCCGCGCUGAGCGGCUACGAGGGGCGGGGAGCCGAGCGGCCCGCGCCAUCCGCCCUCAGUGAGGCGGGGCACGCAGCGGACGCCCCCGGGCAGGGGCGGGAGCGGUGGAGGCGCGAGCGGCUGUGGCUGAAAGGGGCGGUGAGCGAGCUGCUCCGGUCUGUAGGCGAGGCUCGGCCUCCCGCGCCGAAACGGGGCGCAGCGGCGGCAGCGGCGGCCCUCGGGCCGGCUGGUGAGGCGAUGGCGGCGCCGGGCCCGGGGGCUGGGGCAGCCUCGGGCGGCGCUAGUGGUGGGGGCGCCGGCGCCGGCGCGGGCUCGGGGUCCUCCGGGGUCGGCGGCCGGUUGCCCAGCCGGGUGCUGGAGUUGGUGUUCUCCUACCUGGAGCUGUCCGAGCUGCGGAGCUGCGCCCUGGUGUGCAAGCAUUGGUACCGCUGCCUCCACGGUGACGAGAACAGCGAGGUGUGGCGGAGCCUGUGCGCCCGCAGCCUAGCAGAAGAGGCUCUGCGCACGGACAUCCUCUGCAACCUGCCCAGCUACAAGGCCAAGGUACGUGCUUUCCAACAUGCCUUCAGCACAAAUGACUGCUCCAGGAAUGUCUAUAUCAAGAAAAAUGGCUUUACAUUACAUCGGAACCCCAUUGCUCAGAGCACUGAUGGUGCAAGGACCAAGAUUGGUUUCAGUGAGGGCCGCCAUGCCUGGGAAGUGUGGUGGGAGGGCCCUUUGGGCACGGUGGCAGUGAUCGGGAUUGCUACAAAACGGGCCCCCAUGCAGUGCCAAGGUUAUGUGGCAUUGCUGGGGAGUGACGACCAGAGCUGGGGCUGGAAUCUGGUGGACAAUAAUCUACUACAUAACGGGGAAGUCAAUGGCAGUUUUCCACAGUGCAACAAUGCACCGAAAUAUCAGAUAGGAGAGAGGAUCCGAGUCAUCCUGGACAUGGAGGAUAAGACCUUAGCCUUUGAGCGUGGUUAUGAGUUCCUGGGGGUCGCCUUUCGAGGACUUCCAAAGGCCUGCUUAUAUCCAGCAGUCUCUGCAGUAUAUGGCAACACAGAAGUGACUUUGGUUUAUCUUGGAAAACCUUUGGAUGGAUGACAGUGGCUUUCUGGAAAGAAGGACGGUGGAGAAGAGAUCUACUUGUGGAAAGUAGAACCAUGAAGUGAUAGUGUAUCAUGUGUGCAUGCCCAAGAAACAUCCUGAAGACACAUGAAGUUGAGAACUGGAGAAGCAGCUCUACCACAGAGAUGAUCAUAGCGUUUCCUCUUUCCACUGGGCCAGAAAAUCCUCAGGGUGGCAGUUGGUUGAGUGGGCAGUUGUCACAUGCAUGUUGCCACAGAGUCUUCUCUAAGUUAGCAGUGUGUUACUUCCAGCUUAAAGGUGAGCGUGUAGAGAUGCCAUAGGAGGGAACCGCAGGAGUUUAUGUAGUGUUGAUGGAGAAGGCUCAGUCCCAUCUUACAACUGCCUAUUCUUUCUCCAGUCCCUUAUUUCUAGCCAGCUUGACUUAGAAAGUAUGAAACUGGCUGGGUUUUAUUUAAUAUUUUUAAUAUAUUGAGAAGCAUGGUCUGCCUGGACUGCACUUCUCUAGCAAUGAGAAAUAAAAUUGUGCAGCUAUUUUAAAAGUUGUAUAUAUAAUGUGUGUAAAAACUGUAAAAAAAAAGGGGGAGGACAAAGGCAUUGCUUUGUUCUACUUCAGUUUCUUAAAAAUCACUACAUGGUACAAAAUUACAGUGACAUUUGGGGACAGGAAGGUAACAGAGAGAAGAAGAGGAGACAUGUUGUACUGGCUCAUUUGAUAGUGUUUUGGGCUUAUAGUCCAUAGCUAUAACAGAAUUAUGAUAAAGGUUCCUCACCUGGUUAAAGACUGGGGAAGCAGAUCUACUUAUAAUUAUGCAGAUGCCAGCAAGGCUGAUUCAGAAGUAAUAGGAAUGUGCCUCUUGGCAUCUGGCUUUAGUUUUGGCCUUCUGAGAAAACUGGUCUCCACACAGAACAGUUUCAGCUGCUCUUACAGUACUCAGUAUGAGCGCUAUUAGUAUAAACCCUAGGAAAACACAUGGUCAGCAGUUCUUUUAUUUCCUAACUUUAUAAUACUGUAGAUGUUAUGAAGAAUUUUUAAUUUCAUAUUGUUUACAUUAUACAACAAUCGAAGCCUCCAAGUCUCCAUUGGGGCUGUCACCCAAUGUUUACUCACCCAUCUGAGACAGUGCCAGCCUGAAGCCAGGUUAGGAGUGUUCUUAAUUACCUAGGUGUUGCCCCCAUGGGACUUAAUGUGAAACCUUCAGGUUGGCAACAACAUGAAAGCUUCAUUGGAAAGAGGUGAAUGUUAUUUUCUAUUCUGACCCAUAAACCUUCUCCCAUAUGCUCUCUGGAAUAAUUCAACACAUGAGCUGAGGUAGUUGUUGAUUUUUUUUUUCUUUUGUUAAAACAGAAACAAACAUCUUUCUGUAUAAAAGUAUAAUUAAUAUGGUUCAGAUACAUAAGAAUUGAUGAAGGCAAGUAAAAUCUUUGUACUUUUUACAUGAUUGCUGUAUGUAUAUUUUGUUUUAAAUCUAAUAAAAUUAGGGACAGAGAGCAGCUUGCAGGGGUUCUUGGGGUCAUUGAGAAUUAAAUUUGUCAAUACUGCUAUGAAGCAGGAGGCUUUGGCCACAGAACAGUCUGUAGUUGCCUCCUGAAAGGGUUACAGGUAUUUAUUGUAUAUUUGCUAUGUUGCUUGAAAAAGAGAAAUUUGUUAAAGCUUCUUUUUGAUAAUCUGUAUCAAGAAGAAACCUUGUACAAAGUGGAAUUAUAUGUUAAACGUGUUAGGGAAGAUUGCUGGCCCAGGAAUUGUUUUGUUUUUCUAUUUUUUUGUGGGUUUUUUUGUUUGUUUUUCUGCUCUAGAACAACUCAAUUUGGUGGCACUUAAAAAUUGAUUAAAGACCUGGUUAAGGAUGAAGACUGACUAGUUAAAAGGUGUGGGCUGUCCUUACGUACUUGCUGCAUCUUCAGGGUGUUACAGUUCCUCAAGUUCUCAUGAGUUUGACUCAUAACUUCUGUUUUUGUCUUAUUGUUGAUAAACGUUCAUUUGCAACAAGUAUUUGAAGGUGCUGACUGGAAAACAAAAUCACGUGGUUAUUCAUUCCCUAUUGAACCUAGAGUCAGAUAAUUGCCUAAUAAUUCAACACCAACCCAUUCUUUCUGUGUCUUGUGUUGUUUUUGACUUUUUUUUUUAAAGACUGGUUCUCACUAUGUAGCUCAAGCUUUCCUUGAACUCACAGGGAUCUCCCCACAUCAGCCUCCCCAAAACUGGGGUUAGAGGGAAUGCUACCAUUCCCAGAACAACAAGCCAUUUUAGCUCAAUGAUUUGAAUGUUCCUAGUUAGGACGGGCAUCUAGAGAACAGAGAACCUCCAUUUAUAGCCUGAUCUAUUUACUAGAUGUCUUGUUACUAGAUACCAGUAGUGGCUGCCCAGAUCAUUAAGGCAGACUGCUCAGUAUUGAAGGAGGUCAUGUGGAAGAGACAGUUAUACCUGAGCUGAGUAUAAGUCACCUAAGUCAGUGCUGCUCAAGUGUGGCUGGAUCUCAGUGGCUGAAGAAAUACUAAGGUUGGGUUCGUAGCCUGAUUCCAGUGUCGGAACUGGGAUAUGUUCUGACCAUAAGGAUUUAAGGUUUCAGAAUGCUACCAAAGGUUGAGAGCAGUUAUGCUGAAUUUCACCUAGAGGUUUCUCAUCUACAAAGUAGGAAAUUCUUGCUUCCCUCACUACCUCACAAGGAUACAGAGGGUGCAGGAGAGAGCCCUGGGAGUAUCGGUGUUAUGGGUGAAAAGGCUGUAGAAGUGCGAGCAUCUGUCGUAUUUCAGCUGCAGCUGUGAUCAGGAAAGCGUGUCAUUGAAUUUGUUGUUGCUGUAGGAAGCUCUUACAUCAUUCUUUGAGGAAGCAUGCAGGGGUGGAACAAAUGUUAAUUACUAUUACUCUUACUCACUAUGGUCUUCUGUCCUACUUGAGACAGACAGUUAUAUUAUCUAGGUUUUCAUAGGAAAGAAGAAAUAUUAAGGCUUAAUUCUGUAAUGUUCAUUGGCUCAUAAUUCAUUAAAAAGUUCAUACAAGAAA